AUUCGUUGCGAACGCUCCGCACACGCGACACGUGCGUGGAAAACUCCGUAUUGCUGCGACAUUGUGUAUUGUGAAAAGUUGAAACUGUUGAAACUGGAAUAAAAUAAUAAUAGACACUGAGUGUCAGCAGCUGCCGGGAAAGAUGCAUCGCGAAAACGCCUACAGCAAGGAGGCCGAGCUGAAGAAUCUGGCCAAACGCGAGUUGGCCAACGGGUUGGACAAGGAUCCAAUUUACAAAUUGCGCCUGCAGUGCUUCAGUCGCGGUGCCACCGGCAUCUUGGGCCUGUCCAGAUCAUUCCGGGUGAUGGACGACGAUGGCAGCAAAUCUCUCAGUCCCGAGGAGUUCAAAAAAGGAGUCACGGAUAUCGGCCUGGACCUGACUGAUUCCGAAAUCGAUGAAAUGUUCUCCAGAUUCGACACAGAUGGAAGUGGCAAUAUUAAUAUGACAGAAUUCCUAGUAAAGCUGCGUCCUCCUAUGAAUAAUUCGCGUAUCAGUAUCAUCGAAAAGGCCUUCGAUAAGAUGGAUGCCAAUGGCGAUGGCCAAAUUACUGUCACCGAUUUGAAGAAUGUAUAUUCGGUGCGCGAUCAUCCGAAAUACUUAAGUGGCGAGAUGACGGAAAACCAGAUAUUCACGCAGUUCCUGAAAAACUUCGAGGUGGGUGCUCCAAAUCCGGAUGGCAUCGUAACCAGGGAGGAAUUUAUCAACUACUAUGCCACGAUCAGCGCCUCGAUCGAUAACGACGCUUAUUUUGAUCUUAUGAUGAGACAAGCCUACAAACUCUAGAUUGUGUUCCACUUAGAGAUUUAAUAUCUAACGUCCAUUUGCCGUCUAUUAAGCUUUAUAUGUUGAUUGAAUUGCGCACAUGUAAUAACAACUAAAAGCCAAGCCAAUUGUUUUAAUUACAUAUACUAGUAAUGUUGAUAUCUAAUUCUUGUUGUAACAUUUGAAAGUCAAUAAAGGAAAACGAAAAUAUUUUCGAAAAU